CAGUAUAAUCGCACGUUGGUUUGGCGCGUAUUACUUAGUUUUACUUGUCAGUUGGUUUCUGCCCAUUCCGAAACCACACUCGAAUCAAAUAUUAGAUAAUUUUCUAGUAUUAUUCUAGUAUAAAUAUAAAUAUAUUUUAAUGUUCUUCUAACUACCACGUGGUAUAUUUUUUUCUAUCCAACAAUAAGUACAAUAUAAUAAAUAUUUUUGGUAAAUUGUACGUUAAAGACAAUUUUUCCUUAAUUUUUUAUUAAUUCGUGUAUUUCUUAAAGUCCCAUUGUAAAAUGGCUCUAAAUAUUAGUUCAACGGUUAUAUUAAACAAUAUAAUGACCACUCAACUGGACUUGGAAGAAUUAAAACUCAACAUCGACAAUAUGUUCUUAGUUAUCAAUGGAAUAAUUGUAUCCUUUAUGCAAGUAGGAUUCGCAUGUUUAGAAGCUGGAUGUGUGCAGCCCAAAAACGUGACUAACAUUUUGAUGAAAAAUAUAUUGGAUUUAUUCAUCUGCGCCCUAUCGUACUGGUUGGUGGGAUACGGUUUGGCGUACGGUGGCGGUGGUUGUGGAUAUUACGGUAAGGAAUUCUUCGCUGGCGUCGGCAUGCCGUCAAGCCAAAACGGCGUGUGGUUUUUCCAGUACGUGUUCGCAGCGACCGCGGCAACCAUCAUAUCGGGGGCUGUGGCCGAGAGGUGCAAUUUCAUCGCAUACAUAUUCUACAGCGUUAUCGUAUCCGGUGUGACGUAUCCCAUCGCCUCACACUGGAUUUGGUCACCCGACGGUUGGUUACUAAAAAUUGGGUAUUCCGAUUUUUCCGGCGCCGGGACCGUGCACCUACUGGCCGGCACCUGUUCAUUCGUCGCAGCUUUGUUCAUCGGCCCCCGGAACGGACGUUUUAGCAUCAUCGCUCCGAACGAAUACAACGGACACUCGAUGCCGUUAGUGGCCACGGGGACUUUGUUACUCAUAUCAGGAUUUCUGUCGUUCAAUGGCGCAUCCCUGGGCCAUAUUACCAAACCUGGUGACGGAGUCAUAGUGGCAAAUAGCGUGGCCAACACGAUUUUUGGCGGCAGUGGCGCGGCAGUGGUCAUACUGAUUAUGGCCAAAGCUGGUCUGGUUGGAGAGUCUAGGUGGCCGUUUGCGAUGACCAUAAACGCCGUCUUGAACGGAAUGGUAUCGGUGUGCGGAGGUGUCGACCAGUACACACACUUUUCUGCAGUGAUGGUCGGCAUGAUUGGUUGUAUCAUUUAUUUAGUAUUGCAAUGGGUUGUUCCACGUUUAAAAGUGGACGAUCCGCUCGAAACUACUGCCGUCCAUUUUGGAGGUGGAUUGUGGGGAGUGAUAGCUACACCGCUUUUUGUGAAAGGAGGAUUUUGGAACAAUCCCGAUUCUAUGCCACUAUUGAAAUCGAAUCUAAUUGGCGCUGGAUCUAUUAUUGUAUGGUCAGUAGUAAACAGUGUAAUAUUGUUUGGAUUCCUUAGAGUGUUUGACUUGCUCCGAGUGUCCAAAGAAAAAGAGAUUAUCGGUUUGGACAUGAGUCUUCACAAGGAACAAGCAUACCCGGUGACCAACAUUUGUAUUGAAAACGGACAUAAAAGUAGCAACAAAACCACAGUCAUUAGACACGCCUACGACAAUGUGGCGAUGCAACACACCCUCCAACAGUAAGCAAAUAUCUCACCCUUUGAGUUUAUAUAUUAUAUGCGACAACAAUAAUAUAUAAUUUAACUCGUAAUAUCUACAUAAUAUAACAUAAAAAUAUGAUAGGUGUAUUAUACAUAUUAAUAUAUAAUAUAAUUUUGAAUGUUCUAUCAGCCAAUAUAAUAAUACCUAUCCAUGUAUAUAAGUAACGUAGGUAAUUUUAUAUUAUAUAAUUUAUUAUGUAUUAUGUGUUGUAUGUAAUAAUAAUAUUAUGAUACCUAUUGGCUAUAUGUAUUGUUCAGGGUACCAGACCACAGUGGCGUGCCGUCCAUUAGGAAGAAGUUUAUUUGUGGUUAUACCUCCCCCUAGAUUGUAAUUUUUAUUUUUAGCCGUCCUACUAUUAGUACAGAGCUGUUAUUACUUAUUAACUUUAGUACCUAUACUAUGUUCCGUGAUUUUACAUACAUUAAGCGUUAACUAUAGGCUUCUACGGAGAGUCAUCAUACGAAUGUGUGGUGGUGGUAGGUAGGUCCUAUUAGGUACCUAGUAAACUUCUGUGCAAUCAGUUUUCAGUAAUCGGGAGCUGCGUCAAAACUAUAUGUAACGCUCAUAUAUUAUAUAGGUAUAGCAAGGACUAUAAUAGAAAUACCUAAUAAUAUAAUAUAGGUACCUAUCUACAUAUUAUACAUUUAAUAUUUAUUCAGUUAUUAAGCUCAGACUAACAUAGGUUUAAGAUACACUUACGACUUACCUAUAUCUUAGGUAGGUCGUAGGUAUGUAAUAAAGAUAUCUAUCCUGGCAUCCGCUUUCCUGCAGCAGUAGCUGGUACCUAUAUAGCGUAUUUGAGUAGAAUUACACGCGGGAGUUGUGCCUUGGUUUGUUUUUUAUGUAUUUAUAAAAUAACUGUCAAUUUACUAAUUAGAAUUGAGCUAAACAAAAAUUGAACAUAUUACAGUAAAAAUAAUUCGAGUUAAUGUAUGCAGAGCAUGGUGAGGAAAUUGCGUAUUAAACAUUUUCAAUCCCCCACCCACGGUGGGCUUCCUGUAGAUGCGCUAAUGAUAUCCACGCAGAUGUAGGUAUAAUGGCGUAUAAAACUGCAAGAGUGACAGCCUACGGGCCAUCUAGACCAUAUUUAUGGUCGAUAUAUGUGUAGUAACAUUUCAAUUUUUUAAUUUAAAAAUACGUACCACAUAAUUCGUAAUUUAAAGAUUGGUAGUUUAAUAUGAACUAUGAUGAUUGGAAUUUGUACUAAUUGCUGAGAACGAUUAACGAUAUUAUGUUUACAUUAAUCUUGAGUGCUUUAAUCUGAAAAUUAUUUUCGUUAAUAAUAAUAACAAUUAUUGUUGUACUACAUGUACUGCACUUUUAU